AUGUACUCCUUGGAUAUAGCAAAUGCAGAUAUGUUGACUAGAGUUCAUACUUGCCUAAACAAUCCCAUCUAUUUAGUCCACCUCACACCGCGGAAGCUGUACUUUGAUGGAUCAAAGACUGAUGUAGACUCUGGGGCAGGGAUUGUUUUGGAAGAGCCACUGGGGAUCAGACACUGUUAUUCUUUCCAGUUAGAUUUUCAGUGCACCAACAACAGGGCUGAAUACGAAGCUUUAAUCAUUGGCCUUGAGAUGCUGGUGGAAUUAGCAAUCCAAUCUGUGGAAAUUUUGGAAGAUUCUAUGCUUGUGUUGAAACAGAUUACUGGAGAAUACAAGUGUUUUAAUCCUUCUCUAGCUGUAUAUCUAGUAGUAGCCAGAAACCUUCUGACAGAAUUCAGGGAAGCUACUUGGGAACAUAUCCCAAGAGAAGAAAACUUUGCAGCCAAUGAAUUGGCUCAGAUAGCAACAAGGAUACAAAUGCCUGAGGACUGUGUGCAAAGGAUCAUCAAGGUAGGAAAGAAAAGUCUACCAUCUGUUCUGACCAGAGGAAUGGAGAUAGAUGUCAAUUCUGCCAUAAUAACUGAAGAUGAUUGGAGAAAUCCCGUCAUAAAUUACUUAUAG